AUGGCAUCUCAAGUCCAUCCCGGCAGGGCACCCAUCCAAACCACAAACAGGUUUGCCUGCCUCUCAAUACAGGCUUCCUCAUCACCUUCAAAGAGGAAAACUCCCCUCGACGUGGCAUUUUUCCCCAGGGACGACGAAUCCACUCAGGGCGACGACGAGGACUCUGGCGACGACAGGCUCAUUGCACAAACAUUACAAAGCGCCUUGAGCCCGCCAACAAAGGACCUCAUUAUUGACGCAGUGAACAAAGCUGCUGUCUUGCAAAAGAAUAUACUGGACCUCCACCGUCUCCUUUUAGACCUUCGGUUUCGGUACGCAGCUCUAAGUCAAAGCACUUACAAAUGCGAGUGGCCAGGUUCAUGGCCCCUGGAACUGCUCCAACCCUAUGCCGUUUAUAAGAAAGACGACUCCAUAUGGCGGGACCUGAAAAAGCAGUUGAAAACACAUCGCUCAACAUAUGGCACCGUGCGUCCUGGAUCGCCUGGGUUUACUGAGAGACGUGAUAUAUUAGUGGAGCUGAGGGAUGCUGCCGUAAGAACGAGCCAAGGCCGUCUUCAGUUCUUGGAUAAAUACAUGUGCGCUUUUGCGAGAUAUGAACAAGUUGGAACACACAUCCACGAGGGAUCCCGGGCCCUACAAAGUGCUGAGCGUGCUAUGACGGAGUUGGCUCUAAUGCUGAAUCUGCCUUCUAUUCCAUAA